GGGCCAAGUUUCUUCGUGGCAGACCAUCCACACGGGGAUUCAGGCACAGGCAGCCCACGCGGCCCAACCCACCCGCGCGCGCAUCUCCGCUCCACGCUGCGUAACCAACUCCUCGGCGAGGAUGGACUGGUAGCAGACAGGAGGCAUGGGUAGAUGUUCCGUCCUUAAAUGACUGAAGGCGCAGAUGAGGACCACUUCCAGCGACUUCUUUGACCCCAGCCAGUGGUGUUUUAAGGACUGAUUUUACAACUGAUUUUAUUGAAUCACUUACGCGCAAAGGAAAGAAACUGAUUGUGUGGGGAGAAAGGGAAGAAAGAAAGAAAAGAAAGGGAAGGUCCAGGUUGCUAAGAAAGGCUGGGUGCGCUAGAACGUCGGAAAGUCACGGAUCAUGCUUAUGGGAAUUCCCGAUUCCGUCUUGAUAAGAGUGGCUCUGCCUGAUGCUCUAUCAUGACUGAUGGCGAAGGGAGAGCGCGCUUUCAGAACGAAGAGUGCGAGGAGCAGGGGGAGGUACAGGAGGAGGUGAGGCUUUCUGUAUCAGAGGCCCACACGACCAACUCCCCAGGUCACAAUGUUGACCCAGAAGGACAAGGAGGUGGAGGCCGGGAGGAGGAGCAGCAGCAGCAGCAGCAGCAGCAGCAGCGCAAAGAGAAGGAGGAGGAGAAGGUGGAGCAAAGGAGGAGAUGGAGCUGUAGCGGUGGAGGAGGAAGGAGAGACGAAUGGAGCGCUGAAGUUCAGGAAUGUGAGGAGGAGCAGGAGCCAGAGCUGGAAGUGGAAGCUGGGCCUAGGCUGGGAGUCCGUAUCACGGCUCCGAUCCGUGACCCAGACUGCGUGUCCGAGGAGGAGGAGCAGCAGCCGUAUCCGGCCCUGGCUCCUGUGGCCUUCUUCUGCCUGAAGCAAACAACGAGGCCCCGCAACUGGUGUCUUCGCAUGGUCUGUAACCCGUGGUUUGAGCACGUGUCCAUGCUGGUGAUCCUGUUAAACUGUGUGACUCUGGGGAUGUUUCGACCGUGUGAGGACGUUACCUGCCUGUCAGAGUGGUGCCGCAUCCUACAGGUGCUGGAUGACUGCAUCUUUGCUUUCUUUGCGGUGGAAAUGGUCAUCAAGAUGGUGGCCCUUGGAAUCUUUGGCCCAAAUUGUUACCUUGGUGACAAAUGGAACCAGCUUGACUUCGUCAUUGUCAUGGCAGGGGUGAUGGAGUAUUCUCUGGAUGGCCACAAUGCCAGCCUGUCAGCCAUUCGUACCGUUCGAGUGCUUAGGCCACUGCGAGCGAUCAACAGGGUACCAAGUAUGAGGAUCUUGGUGACGCUACUUCUGGACACCUUACCCAUGCUGGGAAAUGUGCUCCUUCUCUGCUUCUUUGUCUUUUUUAUCUUUGGCAUUGUGGGUGUCCAGCUGUGGGCUGGACUGCUGCGCAACCGUUGCUUCCUGGAAGACAACAACCUAAUAACAAUUUACAACCUCUCUAUAAACCCUUACUACAUGUCUGAGGAAGGUGAAGACAGCCCAUUCAUCUGCUCGGCUCCCCGCGAGAACGGGAUGCUGCGCUGCCACGACGUGCCGCCCUUCACCCAGGGAAGAGAGGAAUGCACUUUGCCCGCUCCUCACCAAAGUUCAGCUCUGAUUGGUUCAUCCCCGGGAGUGGGCGGGGCAAGCAACAGCAACUGUAUAAACUGGAACCAGUACUACAACAUCUGCCGUGCAGGGGAACUCAACCCACACAAGGGAGCAGUUAACUUUGACAAUAUUGGCUAUGCUUGGAUAGCCAUAUUCCAGGUUAUCACACUGGAAGGAUGGGUGGACAUCAUGUAUUAUGUCAUGGAUGCUCACUCCUUCUACAAUUUUAUAUAUUUUAUAUUGCUCAUUAUUGUGGGUUCUUUCUUCAUGAUCAAUUUGUGCCUCGUGGUCAUUGCCACCCAAUUUUCUGAGACAAAGCAAAGAGAGAACGCCUUGAUGAGGGAGCAGCGGGCUCGCUACAUGUCAAAUGACUCAACUCUCGCCAGUUACAGCGAGCCAGGUUCAUGCUAUGAGGAAAUGCUACGAUAUAUUAGUCAUCUUUACCGGAAGUUCAGGCGCAGGCUACAGCGAAUGUACUAUGGAUGGCACAGCAAACGGCGUAAAAAGGUGAACCCUAAUGGAAGUGGGAUUGGCAGCAACAGUGGUGGUAAUGGGCAUGGCCAAGGUUUAAGCAGGGGCUCAGGACCUGGAACUGCAUUGUGGCUGAGGCCGAUUCAUAACCUCCUGCAACAUCAUCAGCACCAACACUGUCGCCUCAGCAACGGCGGGCAGCACACAAUCAACACCACAACUGCAGAGCCCAUGGACCAGGAAGGCCAUGUUGAAGGAGGAGAGGAGUUUGAGAUGAAGUCGCUUUCUGUUACAAGAGGGAGUACAAACGGAAGUAGCGGCGAUAAUCCUGCUGUUGUCCCUCAGGGAAUGGGUGCACUGCUCGGCCGACUGAACGGAGGCAUGAACUAUCCGACUAUACUGCCAUCUUUUGUGUGUAGCUACAGCAGCAAGACGCCACCUCCCCAUUCGAAGCAGUGCGGGCGAAGUCCGGAGCAACAUCCAUUGAACCACCCUGCGUCUGAGCACACGGAGGCGCUGACCAAGCUUUACCAGCUCAUGGGACAGCACAGUCGCCAGAGGCUGCUGUUCCAGUUGGCAGGCGUGGUGCCAAGCCCUCUGCUUUUGGAGUUGCUUAGCUGCCCUAUGUGUGCCCGCAGCCUUGAGACCUUGGAACUGGAGCUAGGAGACCUGGAGGGAGGCAAAGGAGAGGCUGAUGGGCUACAUGACUUUCAGCAGGGGGGUGAUCUGAGAGGAUUCAGAAGUCGGCUCCGACGGCGCGGGGUUGUGGAGUACAGAAACGGAGCUCUCCGGGUCUGGAAAGACUUCAGGGAAAAACUGAGGAGAAUCGUGGAAAGUAAAUACUUCAACCGGGGGAUUAUGAUUGCCAUCCUCGUCAAUACUCUCAGCAUGGGAAUAGAGUACCAUGAACAGCCCGAAGAACUGACUGAUGUGCUGGAGAUUAGCAACAUCGUUUUCACCAGCAUGUUUGUGCUGGAGAUGGGCUUCAUGCUGCUGGCUUUUGGUUUGUUUGGAUACAUCAGGAAUCCUUACAACAUCUUUGACAGCAUCAUUGUCAUCAUAAGUGUGUGGGAGAUAAUUGGUCAAGCGGACGGAGGGCUGUCAGUCCUGCGGACGUUUCGCCUGUUGCGAGUGCUGAAGCUCGUACGCUUCCUGCCUGCCCUGAGGAGGCAACUGGUGGUGCUGAUGAAGACCAUGGACAACGUGGCCACCUUCUGCAUGCUGCUGAUGCUUUUCAUCUUCACUUUCAGUAUACUUGGCAUGCAUCUUUUUGGAUGUAAAUUCAGUCUAAAGACGGAGAAUGGGGAUACCAUUCCUGACCGCAAAAACUUUGACUCCCUACUCUGGGCCAUCGUCACUGUAUUCCAGAUCCUUACCCAGGAGGACUGGAAUGUGGUGCUGUAUAACGGCAUGGCUUCCACCACCCCAUGGGCGGCUCUCUACUUCGUCGCCCUCAUGACGUUUGGCAAUUAUGUGCUCUUCAAUUUAUUGGUGGCCAUCUUGGUCGAAGGCUUCCAGGCUGAGGGCGAUGCCAAUCGAUCAGAGUCAGAUGAUGACAAGAAAUCUGACAAUUUCGAUGAGGACGAAAAAGUUGAACAGCUAAGAGACACAGAGCUUAAGAUGUAUUCUCUGAUGAUGACGGCCAAUGGUCACAUUGACCCCCAUGGCAUUAUGGCUCCUCCCAUAAUAAUGCACACAGCAGCCACCCCAAUGCCCACGCCCAAGAGCUCCCUUGGGCCUGAGUCCAUCUUAGGGGAGGAACUCAUGUACAGAGAAGGGAUAAUCCAACAUGGAGAAGCUGGACUGGGUGUUUCUGAGGCAGGAAGUGGUCAUGUGGAGUCUCGCCGUGGAAGCUCAACAUCCAUGGACCCAUCCGCCUAUAACCAGCGUUCUCCAAGUCUCUCCAGCCCUGGACGGCGCUCACCUCUUCCGCUCCGCGGGUCCAUCAGCCCAUGGGGAAGUCGCCGCUCCAGCUGGAACAGCCUCGGGAGAGCACCGAGCCUCAAAAGGCGAGACACCAGUGGAGAGAGGGAGAGCUUAUUGUCUGGAGAAGGUGAUGAAGAGGGAGAGUGCCAAGAAGAGCAGGAGGAGGCUGGGGUAAACAACAGGAACAAGCAGGAGGCAUCGGAGCUCCUGCAGGCAUCUUCUCUAUGCCCCACCAUUAUAGCAGAUUAUGGUGACUGCAAUGGAAGGACUGUGACAUAUGACCCCAGUGGAAACUCAGAUCCCAAAGAUGACUUCACGUCAGAGGAUGACUUAGACGAAGACAGUCCGUUCUGUUACUGGAUCAGGAGGGAGCUGCAUAACAUGAAGCCCCGCUGGUGUAAGGAGCAUGAAAGCUGGACGCUCUAUUUGUUCUCGCCAGAGAGCCCAGUUCGCGUGUGGUGCCAAGCGGUGAUCACUCACAAAUUGUUCGACCAUGUGGUUCUGGUUUUCAUCUUCCUCAACUGCAUCACUAUCGCACUGGAGAGGCCUGAUAUACAGCCUCACAGCACGGAGCGAGUGUUCCUGAGUGUGUCCAACUAUGUUUUCACUGUGAUCUUCCUAGCAGAGAUGGCAGUUAAGGUUGUAGCUCUGGGUUUCUGCUUUGGGAAUCAGAGCUACCUUCAGUCCAGUUGGAACAUUUUGGAUGGAGUGCUGGUGUGUGUGUCUCUGGUGGACAUCCUGGUCUCUCUGGCCUACACCGGCACCAACAGGAUCCUGGGGAUUCUCAGAGUCCUCCGUCUUCUACGCACACUUCGCCCUCUGAGGGUGAUCAGUCGCGCCCCAGGACUGAAGCUGGUUGUGGAGACACUCAUCACCUCCCUUAGACCUAUUGGGAACAUUGUGUUGAUCUGCUGCGCCUUCUUCAUUGUGUUUGGAAUCCUGGGGGUUCAGCUGUUCAAAGGGAAGUUUUACCACUGUGAGGGUCUGGACACAAAAAACAUCACAAACAAGUCGGACUGUGAACAUGCCAACUACAAGUGGAUACGAAGGAAGUACAAUUUUGACAACUUGAUUCAGGCUUUGAUGUCUUUGUUUGUGCUGUCGUGUAAAGAUGGCUGGGUCAACAUCAUGUAUGAUGGACUAGACGCAGUGGGGGUGGAUCAACAGCCUGUGAGGAACCACAACCCCUGGAUGCUGCUCUACUUUAUCUCCUUCCUGCUCAUCGUCAGCUUCUUUGUCCUCAACAUGUUUGUCGGCGUGGUGGUGGAGAACUUCCACAAGUGUCGCCAGGACCAGGAGGAGGAGGAGGCCCGUCUACGGGAGGAGAAGAGGCUCAAAAUGAUAGAUAAAAAGCGCAGGAGUAAGGAGAAUGGAGGGGCUGAGGCCAAGCAAAGACCGUACUAUGCCGACUACUCUCCUGUAAGGCUGACUAUCCAUACUCUGUGCACAAGCCACUAUCUGGACCUCUUCAUCACCUUCAUCAUUUGCAUCAAUGUUUUCACAAUGAGCAUUGAGCACUACAAUCAGCCACAGUAUUUGGAGGAGGUUCUGAAGUACUGUAACUACGUCUUCACCAUUAUCUUUGUCAUCGAGGCUCUGCUCAAACUUGUGGCCUUUGGCUUCCACAGAUUCUUCAAAGACAGGUGGAAUCAGCUAGAUGUUGGGAUAGUUGCCUUGUCCAUCUUGGGUAUCACUCUGGAAGAGCUGAAAAUGAAAGCUGCUUUGCCAAUAAAUCCCACCAUCAUCCGAAUCAUGAGAGUACUGCGGAUUGCACGAGUGCUAAAACUUCUGAAGAUGGCAAAAGGAAUGAGAGCUCUACUGGAUACGGUCAUGCAAGCGUUGCCGCAGGUGGGAAAUCUUGGUCUCCUCUUCAUGUUGCUCUUCUUCAUCUACGCUGCUCUUGGAGUGGAGCUCUUUGGCAAACUGGAGUGCAACGACGACAACCCAUGUGAGGGUCUGAGUCGCCAUGCAACGUUUGAGAAUUUUGGGAUGGCCUUCCUCACGCUGUUCCGAGUCUCCACGGGGGACAACUGGAAUGGGAUUAUGAAAGACACUUUAAGGGAGUGCCAGCCAAAUGAAAUCCACUGUUUAUCAUACCUACCAUGGAUAUCUCCGAUUUACUUUGUCACCUUCGUGCUCAUGGCCCAGUUCGUUUUGGUCAAUGUGGUGGUGGCCGUUUUGAUGAAACACCUGGAGGAGAGCAACAAGGAGGCCAAAGAGGAUGCAGAGAUGGAUGCAGAGAUUGCCUUGGAAAUGGAAGAGGAGAGGCAACGCAGGCUAAGCACAGGAUCCAACAAUAGCUCAGUGGGAGGGACUUAUAUUGGGCCAUGCCCGAAUUCACCUGAAGAGGAGGAAGACCAGCAGUACACUGACCAGGACCCGUUAUCAUCAGGCAAGAUGUCUGUGUCCAGGAUGCAUUCUUUGCCAAAUGACAGCUAUAUGUUUCAACCUGUACGGCCUGCCAGCGCCCCCUACCCUUUAAAGGAGGUAGAAGCCAGUUCCCAGCACCAGCAUGCAGUCUCAGUGAUGUCGGUCCAAUCCCAGCCCUGUGAGAGCCGCUCCUUGCUGCAGGUUCCAGAUGCUUCCCCUCUUCACCCCCAGUCGACUCCCACCCUCACUCUGCCCCGCAUCGCCCCGCCAACACCCGGCCCCUCGCCACGGGCCCUGCACAGACAGGGGGCAGUUAAAGUCGAUUCUGUGGAGUCCCAGACCUGUGAGCAACAAGAGAGGUCCGGCUCGGCCCACGUGCCUCCACACUCCCCUUCUUCUCUCUCCCCAGUACCCCCUCUGUCCUCCUCCCCCUCAGCCCUCUCAUUCCCCCCGUCAUCCCCGUCUCCCUCUUCUCUUCCUCCGUCGCCAUCCUCUCUACUGCCUCUCCCAUCCCCUCUGUCUUUUCUCCUUCCUCCCCCUCCCUCGCCACGUCUGCCCUCGCGCUCCAGCAGUCUUCGCAGGCCCAGGGCUCCCUCCGCCAUUUCCCUCUCGGACCCGGCCGACGCCGAGGUGUAUCACAUCACCAGCUCAGCUCGCCAAAGAUGGAGGGACGAGGAGGGAGAAGAACAGGAGAGCAGACGGAAGGCGGGCCGCAGCCACUCCCUGUCCCCUUAUGCCUCGCCGCACUCCCUUGAUUCGAUUCCCACCCUACCCCCUCCAUCCAACAGAAGCACCCUUAGUCUUCUUGAGGAAGGAUUGAAAGACGUCAAGACAGGCUUUAGUGUUGACAGCCACGGGUUCCUGGAGAAGCCUCAGUCAGAACCCGCAGGUCCCUCGGAUGACCACCGCCGCCACUCCAUUGAGGUUUGCCUUCCCCAGGCCGUCAUAACCACUGACAGCCAAAACUUUUUGCUCGAGACCCGUCGAUCGGAAAAGGGCGCUCAGGCCUUUCCGGUGAGGGUGCAGUCAGUCGGUGGCAGGCAAAGAAAGAAGAAGACGAGCCCUCCCUGUAUAUCCAUCCACCCGCCCCCGGAGCGGGAACAGCUCCUGCUUCCCUCUCCUCCGAAACUAGCUGACAGCAGCAUGAUGCGGAGACGCAGGACACCGUCCAGCGACUUCACACUGCACUCGCACUCACCAGACGCACCUGUCGAUCCACAGCUCCACGCGCAGAUGCAGACACCGCUAACACCGAUCCACGCGCCACUGCAGGCACCUUCCCCGACGCACAUGCUGACCCCCGCACAGGGAUCCACCCCAACGCACACCCAGACACACACACCACCCCCGCACAUCCCCAUCAGCCCGAACGUCUUCAUCCAGCCUCACGCGCCCCUUCUCCCAACUGUCAUGCCUUUCUCACAGACGGUCACGAGACAUUCCCCCCUGCCAGGAGACUGCAUCCCCCUCCCCCGAUUCACCUUCGAUCAACCACAGUCCAGGUACACGGGCAAGCCAGAAUCUGCCGCAUGCUCUUCCCCUUUAGACAACAGACUGGGAAGUAGUCCAGGUUUCAGCUCAAAGAACCGGAGGACCGCCCAGUGAACCCUCAGAGUUGCAUUCAGGAGACGAAUUAUCCAGUUUAAAGUCUUUAAAGGUGGAGUAGAACCCCCCUCAGCCGACCUCAGCAGUGUUUGGUGUUGAAGAAAGAAUGAAAGAGAGCUUCUUUUGUUUUUUGUUAGUUAUCAAGAAAAGAAACAUUGAUUCUUUCCAGGAAGACAUGGGAACAGACUUCUUAUUAACAAGCAAAUGGUGGGAUAGAUUUUUUUUUUCUUGCUUAAAAAAAUAAAACGAAAAAAUCCACCGAGGCUGGACAUUUCAAGUAUCACUCAUUGUAGUGCGUCGUUGGCUGAUCCCUCACCACACAGCAGGACUUGAAGCCACCUUACUCUGUAGCCAAAGUUUUUUUCACACACUGUCCUCACCCACGUGAGCCAAUCAGGAAGCAGCGUCUGGCUGGUGACCGUCGACCCCCUUUUUUUUCUAAUUGGGUAGGCGGUUUGUGAAACGCGAGCGUGGGAGGGGGGGAACGGUGGGAUAUGCAACUUCAGGUUUUCUGCAGAAGUUCUGCUCACCCCUUCUCUGCUCCUCGAUCACAUUGAUCAGAGAUGAAAAGUGUAAAUGCGCUGCGCUACGUGCGGGUUUGGUCGAAUCCAUUGCCACCGAAGUUGAACCUGUUCAUUCUCGCGACAACAGAGAGGGGGAGCACUGCAGAGCUGUAGUUUUUGUUUUGUCGAGUGUAAAUAAAAGCUAAAACAAAAUACUGUAUUUGAUGAGAUUUAAAGAUAGCUCUAUCCAUAUGCACAUAUUUUUAUAGAGGUCUAUACUGUUUUUGCACACAGUUUUGAAUUUCAAGUUGCUCGUAUUUCCUCUGUUGUCCUCUCGUGAAUGUAUGUUUCUUGUAAAAGACCCAGAGAAAGUGGUGAAGGCGAUUGACCCUCCUCUCAAACUGCAAGUCGAGGUCAAGUAGAGGGACUUUAUAUUUCUAUUUUGACAAAGUAUCAGAGGAAAAGUGGCGUGUGAUGUGUUUUUUCUGUAGUUUUGUCUCAGACUUUUUUUGUACUUGGUGUCUCAACGGCAGUGUGGAGAAGCAGGCUCAGUUUUGCAAACAAGUUCAUUUCAGAUGGUCAAAUAAACUUUGCCACUGUUUUUACAAGUUGAUUUUGAAGUUAGGGAUUUUUCCCCAAGCUUUAGAGGACAAACAGUUGCACUUUGGUUUCUUUUUGAAAUUACAAAUAGCUAAUCUGCAAGUAUCUGCAAUGCCUUGCUAAAACAUUCAUACCUAUGUAACUUUUUCACAUAAGUCCAAUUUGCCCUAAUCCACGUCGGCAGCACAAUAAACAUGUGGAUUAAAGGGUAUCGGUGCAUUUAUUUAUUCACUUUUGGCUAUUAUGCAAACAUUAUGUGCGGCGGAAACCUAACGUUGCACAUCAGCCUAAACCACUAUCCCCAUGGUAACACAUGGUGGUGGCAACAUCAUACUGUGGGAGUUUAUUUUUCUCUCCACAGGGAAUGGAAAGCUGUCCAGAAUUGAUGGUAAGAUGGAUGGAACCAAACAAAAAAAAAAGGAAAACAAGUCUGCUUGAAGCUGCUGAAGACUUAAACAUGCCCUUAAAGGUUGGAUGGAAUUGUUUAGGUAAAAACACUUUUCAGAUUUUCAUUCUUAAGGGAUAAAGAAAAAACAUAAAUCCUUUUUCUUUGUCAUAGUUAUGUCUUUGCAUUCAGUAAUGCCCGACCGAGUUAAACUGUUAGCCGAGUUAAAAAAAAAAUCUAAUCAUAGUACGUUAAAGUUGGUUGUAAUGUGACAAAUGUGAAAAAGUUCAAGGCGCGCGCAUACUUUUGCAAGGUACUGUAAAUAAGACGAACUACAAAGAGGCAUCGCUGAGCCUGUCUUCUGCCGUUGCACUGCAGCUGGAUCAGCUCUGACACCUGUGUUUCUGUACAUCUAAAGACAACCAAACUAACUUUCUAAGUAUGUGUAGCCAGAGUGCAAUAAUAAUAUAUACAUGUGGAAAAAAAAAUAUAGUGACAUCCACGCUACAUAAGACAACCACAUCCUUGUAUUCAUACAUACUGUAGAACUGUUAUAAAUAUAUGGUAUGAAGUCAUUUUUUUUAUAUGAUGGUUGAGGGAUAUUACUGUUUCUAGCGGUCAUGCUACAGUAGGUUCGCGCAGCCCAGUUGUGGCUGUGAUGAGGCGGCAGUGGCUGUGUUGUUAGGUACUGCGGAUAAUUUCCUCCAAAAGCUCAGGCCCACCUGCCUGAGGUGUUACUGUAAGCAGAAGAGUGACAUGCAUCUCUACUGAGGACUUAAUAAGCCAUUUUGUCAUUUCACAUUUUUUCCUAUUUUUCCUCUUAAGAACACCAAUUCACCUUUCACAGUAUUUAUUUCUCACACCAGAAAAAUAAAGCCACUGCUUGGUGACACACCACACACACAGUUCUGCUGGCUGGAUGUUGUCGUACAGAGCCAUACUUAUACUCUGACACAGCACAAUAUGCAUUUGAUUCAGUUGUUUUUCACCACAGUCGGGUCUGGCCUGUGUGCAUGAGAGGUACACUUUCAUUAUUUCAAAUGUCUAAAGACAGCUGGCUGGGACAGCGUUGUUGAUUUUAUCUUCUGUUUUUUUUUUUUUUUUCAGUAAAUUUUAUUUCUAAUGUCUUGUGGUGAUCAGCAUGAAGCAUGCACAAGUCCUCAAUGACCUGCGUGGAAACCAAAGUGCUUUGAUGCUAUCUCUAAUUAAAUAAAUUAGAAGUUUGAAGUUGUUGUUUUCCAACUAAAGCAACACAUUAAAGGGCGAAUUUCAUCAUUUUAGAACUUUUAAAUUUAAGUUGUUUUUGGGCUCACCGCUUACGGUAACUAUGUUUGUAUCUUCGUCCCGAACAAGAUAUUUCUAAAGCAAAUGCCACUGAAAGUUGCUGAAGAGAGAUGACAUGACAUUUGGAACAAGGAAUCUGGCUAUCAAUCUAUACCCUGAUGGCCAGAUAACACGCAUAAUUGUGACAAAAUUUCAAAUUUGAGCCAGAGCUCCUACAUUUGACAUUCAUGUGGCAAUUGUCCAAUGAGGAGGCGGAGGAGGAGGUCAGGUGUUCAAGCUACUGUUUUCAGACAUUUCUCAGGAUGGCAUUGGCCCUAAAAAGUCACUUCAAGCUAAUAUUUAUGUUUCAGAAAUUGAAGAUUUUUUGGUUUUCUGACUAAAAUAUGAUGGCAUUUGCCCUUUUAAAUAAGAAGGAUAUCUCAUAGUUUGUUUAGUUAAAAUUUGUGGGACAUUAUUUUGUAAACGGUUGAAUGGGCAGUUGAAGGUCCUGGAUCAUUUAAACACAGAUGAUUAAAGCCAUUAUAAUCACUCAGUCAUUACCUUUUUGCACGCUCAUGAGCAUUUCCUACACCCCCCUCAUACACACUCCGUAUGCAUGUAGAGAUCAAACUGGUGAGACAAACCCAAAUAACUAAUAACGGUGUGUCAGCCUCACACGUUGCUGCUUAUGAGCACAAUUGAGAGCUAGUUCAUUCCUUUAUAGCGCUGUUCUUCCAAAGUGGGAGGCAGGUCUGAACAUGGACUCGGAGAGGUUGUCAUUUCUUCCUGAACAUUGCACAGUUCCUAAUUGUCCCCAUCAUUUUUAUAUGGUAUGUGCUCAUCUUGUUUCUUGUCCUCUUUCUGCACAGAUUAUCAGCAGCGGGGAGGUUUUAUGUAGUGUGAGGACAGCCUCUUUUUCUGUCUCCCUCUUAUUUGCUGGAGCGCAGACAACCCUGAUCUAUAAGGCAUAACUGCCCUGUUAAUCAGUACAGUUUGAUAGAGAGGCAGCAGAAUCUUUUUUAUGAUUUACAGAUCUUUGGAUCUAAAUAUAUAAAUCCUGUUUUUGAGGAAAAUGCUUUUGACUAUUGCAUGAUCUGAUUUGAUGAAGAAACUAAUUUUUGGGAAAGAAUCAUCUGGAUGUUUUAGAGAUUUUGAUAUUUACAUAUUCAGAUGUUACAACUUGUAGAUUGACUACCUAAUUGCUCUGGGCUCUGAUUAUUUGUAUCUGAUAAAAUCCUGAUCAAAUGACCUUAUUCUUUAUGGUCCAAUGCAAUAUGGCGUCAUCAGCUGCUGUAUGAGGACCAUUGUCCUCUUUACACAGUUUUAUAGAAAGAAACUCAAAGUGAAUGAGCUUUUUUCACUUUUCCUUAUAAUACUCUGAACAUUUUAGAAACUCUGGUGAUAGUGAAACUCAUAUAUUUUACGUAGGAGUAGCUUUGGCCCUGAUGCUCUCUAAAGGACCGAUUAGAUUAGUUGCAUUUUCUUGGUCAACACUGAGGUGGGGAUCAUGCUCUUUACGUGACAUAACUCCUUCAAAAUAAAACCUGAAAGUUCAAACUGUGACAGAACAUGACAUUAUUUAAAUAAAAUGCCUUGUCCUUUGUUCUUUCUUGAUUGAGUUUUCUUUUUUCUUUUCCUGUUUUCUUUUGGUUUUGCUCGCUUUUUUGCUUGCAUUUUUUCUAGCAUUUUUUCUUUCAACCCUUUAGGGUUUGCACACUUUAGGUCCCCUCCCCCACCCCCCCAAGCCUUAUAAGAAGGGGAGCGGCAUUUUUUGUCUGAUGAGACUCACUUUGUCUGCAAUAAGAAGCCUUUUUCCCAUGUUUGGAGGAAGAAAGAAGGGGAUGGGAUGCAUCUAAAGGCUCAGCAAAUGGAAGCUACCUAUUGUCUUGUUGCUGAUUAAUGUGUGAUGACCAACAUUUGUCCUUUAGGAUGUUUCCCUGUCAAUUAAAAAAAGUAACAAAAACAA